UGAGCAGUGCGCAUGUGCCGAGCAGUGACGCGUCGAGAAAAGUGUCAAACAAGAAGGUCGUUCAAAAAGAAAGACAGGGCAAAGAAGCGGAAAGUCUCCUACAAAGUGCAAUGAAGAGGUCGACUCUUGACGCGCUAAUCGAUGGAGGGACAUGUCGUCGAUGGUCUUUUUUGUAGUCGAGCUCCUCCUCCUCCACGGUUAAGUUGACGAAAUUGAGCGUCGAGCUGAUCUGAGCUGACCGCGGAAGCUAACCGGGCUAGCAUGGAAGUAGCCGGCGGCGGCGGGCGGUCUUAGCUUCGCUUCGUUUCGCUUCGCCUUUUUCGAGAGUCCUCUUCACACCCGCCCAUCGUGUUUCGCGUGCGACCCGCUUCCUUGCGCCGACUGGUGCUGAUCGAGGCGACGAUGUCUCGGAGGCGGCUGGACAGCCGCAGCGGAGCGGCUGCCGGACUGCUGGCCGAAAGUCACACACCGAUCAGCGCGGAGCCUCUGGAUGCCGUGUUCGAAAUUACCGGCGAGCUGGGGAGGGGCAAGUUUGCCGUGGUCAAGCGCUGCGUGGAGAAAGCCACGGGCAAGGUGUUUGCCGCCAAGUUCCUGCGCAAAAGGAGGCGGGGCCGCGACUGCCGGGCCGAGGUGGUCCACGAGAUGGCCGUCCUGGAGACGGCCCGCAGCAACCCCAGGGUGGUCAACCUGCACGCCGCUUACGAAACGGACCACGACAUCGUCCUGGUGCUGGAGUACGCGGCGGGCGGCGAGAUCUUCGACCACUGCGUGUGUGACGAGCUGCUGCCCGAGGCCCAGAUCACCCGUCUGAUCAGGCAGACGCUGGAGGGCGUUCAGCACCUUCACCAGAGCAACCUGGUGCACUUGGACCUCAAGCCUCAGAAUAUCCUCCUGACCAGCCUUUCCCCACCCGGGGACAUCAAAAUUGUCGACUUUGGCCUGGCGCGCAGAUUGGGCGCGGUCGGCGAGUUGCGAGAGAUUCUUGGCACACCUGAGUAUGUGGCACCGGAAGUCCUCAAUUACGAGCCCAUCACGACCUCCACGGAUCUUUGGAGCGUGGGCGUCAUCGCCUACAUGCUGGUGACGGGCGAGUCGCCGUUCGCCGGCGACGACAAGCAGGAGACGUAUCUGAACGUGUCCCAGGUCAACGUGGACUACAGCCUGGAGGCUUUCUCCAGGGUUUCCGAGCUGGCCGUGGACUUCAUCCGAAAGCUGCUGGUCAAAGCGCCCGAGGACCGUCCCAGCGCGGCCGAAUGCAUCGGCCACCCUUGGUUGUGGCAGCCGGCGCCGCCGUCGGCCGGCCCCGAGGCGGCGUCCGCCCGCGGCGCCCGCGAGCGGAGCUGCGGUGGAAAGUGGGCGGCGCCUCCGCCCGAGGACCCCGAAGACAAGGAGAACUUCCUGGAGUCAGCGGCGCCGCUGCACUUCCACGCCAAACGCGUCCGCUUGGAGGAGGAGACGCUUCUCGGAGACGGUGACGUGUGAAAUGGCUUUUACGUAUUUCCAUUUGUUGAUUAACACAAGCCAACGAUAAUCAUCUCACUCCUUGGCCGCCGAGUUAAAGCGGCCCUCUUGUCAGUGCCAGUGGACUUUGUUCUGCGCUUCUCGCCUCUUUUGCCAAAGGACUGGAGCGGCCGGACUGAUGCAAAAAGCACAUUCCCACACUUGAUGGGCCAUUUUGGAAACCCGAAUCUUUGAAUGGCCUUUUUCCCUUCUCAGUGUUCAUCCGAUUCUCAGGUGACGACACGUCGGCGGCCAAACCAGUUCGGCUCUUGUCGUCGUGCGGAAAAGGGAACCCCGGCGACCGGCACUUAACUUCCUCAUUGACGCGGCGGCGGCGGCGCUGCUUUAUGCAUUCACGCAUGUUUUUAAAAUGAAGGCUCUUCUUUGCGUAUAAACAGAAAAGACCCCCCCCCAAAAAAAACCCCAAUCGCUGCUCACUUUUCCUAUUCCUAACGUCAUCCUUACUGAUUUUAUUUAUGCGUUAUUUUAGUGUUUUCAUGUCACUAAUGUGUUUUGGCUAUGUGGAUGGCUGGAGAGUGGUGCCAAACGAAGGCAAUUGAGAAGGAGCAUGUGACGGCAACGUCCAAGCGCUCGUCGCCUUGUGUUAACGUUGAGCUCACAAUGAGGCUGCUUUCUUUGGGGUGGUAGAGGUGACGCAAGUUGUUGUACACAACAGUGCCUUGAGAUAUGAGUGACCUGAGUUUUUUUUGCUAUACAAGCCAUCUUUUGACCUUUUUUUUUUUUCUUUUUCUCACGAGCUCAUGAAGCUUGAGUGGCGGCUCGGCAAACAUUCCUCGCCGGUUCGCUGGCUUCUUCGACAAGGAGGCUUCCGGCUGUUUGAUUUUCAAUUGUACGCUUCAACAAAACCACUUUCAAAGUUUUGUCCUUCAUUCCAGAAAGCUCUUUCUAGCUUAAUGCAAACUGACCUCUUUGGGCUUCUUUUUUCAUUUAAAAAAUAAAUUGGGGGAGGCACCGGAAGGAAUGAUUGACAUUUAGAUUCAUUUGGGUGGGGAAAGAUGAUUUGUUACCAACCUGAUCAUGGAUGGAAUUGAAUUGGAUCCCUGAGCGGCCAAUUCAGGUUGUAUUUCCAAAAUAGUCUUGCGUUUUUCUCUUGAAGUCUUGAUUGUCACUGUCAUGACAAUGGUCUGCUGUUUUGUCCGAUACCUCACGCGCACGUUUGGCCGCAGGUGUUAGUUUCUUUUGGAAUGUUUCCAAUCGAACCCAGGGGCAAGUUGAUUGUGUCCAACUCAGGUUUUGUGAUCAAGCCACACACAAGCUAGUGCACAUUUAGGCUCAUUCAAGCUGAUGGAAAUGUUGCGACUCCUCCCUCCCUCCCUCCCAUAUGCUUGACUUUUGCUUUGAAGACCCGUUAAAAAAACCAAUUGCCAUUUUUUGCAGCCCAAAUGUCCAACCAUGAAAGCAAACGUCAAUCCUGUAUUCAGCGCAACGAUGAAAAUCACUCAUUUUAAGCCAGCAAUGAGCGAAAUGAAUAAAAACAGAGGUUUUAUGCA